AGUGGUUAGCACACAGGCCACACAGCUAGAGCUCGAUUCCAAUAAUUGUCCAAAGCUAUGACUGUGAAUGAUUGUUUGUCUAUAUGUGCCCUGUGAUUGGCUGGCCACCAGUCCAGGGUAGACCCCACCUCUCCCGAAGAAAGCUGGGAUAGGCUCCAGCAUGCCCUCGACCCUCGCGAGGAUAAGCGGUAUAGAAAACGGAUGGAUGUUUCCAGCAAAGUUUUGAUACUACGUUAACGUAAUAGAUCUCUCAAACGUCGCUACAAUAUCAGAGGUGUAUAUAAGUAUAUAUGCAGUGAGCCGGGUGAUGGGUACACGCUUUACAAAGGAGGGGUCCUUCAUAAAAUGAAUGCUGAAGGUUGAACGUUGCGGUGUUGCCUGGUGAGUCGGCGUCUACGCCCACUUUAAUGUACCGCUCCUGCUCAUUUUUCUGCGGUCAUCACAGGCAGGAAGGGAAGCCAGCCAGCAAGCAGUCAGCCAGAGAGGGGAGGGAGAGCACAACGGCGGCCGAGCACCAUUAGCGACAUAAAGCGUGUCAGACAAAUGAUGGUGCCUCGCUGAAAAAAGAACUGCCCGGGUUUCUUCGCGUUCCAGCCACAAAGCCUGAACCGUACAGCCUAAAUCAGCCGCCUGGAAUGGGAUUUGUAUGACUCGACUGAUUUGCCGGAGGUCCUCUCCUUGUUGCCAACCUGCAGAGGAAAUCGACGGGAGCUCUUCGCCGCCUGGUGCCUCGACGCUGCCGCAGCGAGCGACACCCCUCCAACAGCUCGGAUCAUUAAAAGCCUCCAUUGCACCUGGACACAUUGGAGCCGCUGUGUGUUGUGUGCAUAGCUAAAUAACACAAACGUGCCGCCGUGUGCUUCUUUGCUGCCUGUAUAAUGCCGACACAUUUGCGUUUCCGGAGAAGGUCAUACCUUGGGCUUUUAUUCCUGUUCUCGCUCUCAACAUCGGCACUGUAUUUCAUCUACUCCGCUCCUGGAAUAGUGAAUGAGUAUGUGUUCAUGGUCCAAGCCAGAGGGAUCCAGAUCAGAGAAAAUGUGAAGAACAUUGGAGCUCAGGUCCUGGAGCAGGUGGUGAGAGGUGCCUACAGCAUCAAUGGCACAGAUUACUCGUAUGACUUCAACGUGAGCGAAAGUGAUUCUCCCUCCACUACAUACCUCCCUGAGGGUUUCACAUAUAUUUAUUCACAAGUUUGCCCUGAGAGGCUGCCCUCUAUGAAAGGUAGAUUGGAGGUGAAUAUGAGUGAAGUGUCGUUGGAGGAUGUGGAGAGAUCACUGCUGGGGCAAGACUCCACCAUGGCACCCGGAGGCUACUGGAAGCCCAAAGACUGUUUACCCCGAUGGAAGGUGGCAAUCUUAGUCCCGUUCAGGAAUCGACAUGAGCACUUGCCAAUCCUCCUGCGACAUCUAGUUCCAGUCCUGCAGAAACAGAGGCUGCAGUUUGGCUUUUAUGUUAUUGAGCAGGCUGGCAUUGAGCCAUUCAACAGAGCCAUGUUGUUCAACGUGGGCUACAAAGAGGCCAUGAAGGACCUGCAGUGGGACUGUCUCAUCUUCCAUGACGUAGACCAUCUCAUGGAGAACAGCAGGAACUACUAUGGUUGCACGGACAUGCCCAGACACUUUGCAGUCAAGCUCGACAAGUACUCAUACAUGCUUCCGUAUAAUGAGUUCUUUGGCGGUGUCAGCGGCAUGAUGGUGAGACAGUUCCAAAAGAUUAAUGGAUUUCCUAAUGCGUUCUGGGGCUGGGGAGGAGAAGACGAUGACCUUUGGAACAGGGUGCUGUAUGCCAAUUACACCGUAAGCAGACCACAUGGAGAGCAGGGGCGCUACAUGUCCAUUCCACAUCACCAUCGUGGAGAGGUCCAGUUCCUGGGAAGGUAUAGUCUGCUCCGCCACUCAAAAGAGAGGCAGAGAGUGGAUGGUCUGAACAACUUAAACUACUCUCCCCUGGUGUCCAGGAGGCCUCUCUACACUAACAUCACAGUCAGCUUGAGCAGAAAUCUCGCCCCUGUAGCCGACUACUGAUGUAGGCAUAGCUGGACUGACAACCACCUGGGAAUCAAAAGUCCUCUGGGACAUCAGCCAUAUCUCACCAGUUGCGGCACUGCUGAAAAGCUUUUUAGUUCAGUCUUGCUUUAUUUCUUUUGUGGGUAUGCAAAAAAAAAGAAAAAGGAGACUCCAAAUGCUCCGAAAAUGUGUUGGAUAAAUCAUUCAAGACGAUAGGGAUAAAUGCUGCACUUGUUUGUGCCACAGUCCAUCACUCCACUCAUCUGGGCUUAUCUAGUCUUCAGUGUCCACAUGCCUUUUGCACCAUUUUGGCCUUCAGCAUCCAUCAUUCAUUCAUUUCCCUCCUUGAGUCGGCAGGUAACUUAUCCCCGCAAUUUCAUUUACAGAAGUUUCAUCAAAUAGGCUGUGAAACUCACUUGCCACUCAUGCACGCAUGCAGCAGUUUUGAUUCGCAAGGUGAUGAUGAUGAUGAUAACAUGGUCUCUUUUUUUUGCUUUUGCACUUCUUACACAAAUGCAGUAGUCCUGUGAAAAAUGUGCAUGUACACACACACACACACACACACAACUUUAACCGUGUGGAAGCUUGCAGCAGGUUCUGCAAAAGGUAUGCCAAAAUCUACAGUUGAAGACAACAAGAGACCGUUCUAGGAAGAGGAAGUUUUCAAUCAUCUAUAUGUCAGAUAGUUUAUGCUAAAUUUAGAGAAUAUUAAUACCUUGCUAAUUUCUUACAACUAUAUUAUACCCUGUGAAGAUACAAUUGGAAGACUGUGAUCUUUGUGUUUGCGUUGCUUUGGAUGUACCUGGCUGCCAGUGAGUGGCUGUGUGGGGGGGGGAGGAGGGGGAGCAGCGCUCAUCCUGUUAGCAAUAAGCUGCAAAAUCACACAGAUGAAUUUCGACCCGACUGCCUCAUGAUACAGAUGCAAUAGCACAGGUGCUAGACUAUACUCGUAGACCGAGGGGGGGGCGGCGUAUGCAAACGCUGCAUCAGUCGCAUCCAUCCUUGAGUCAACAUGCCACCCAAUGAAGAACAGUGUCUUCUCAGAACCUCUCCAUGGUUGUGUGCAUGUCUGUGAGUAUAUUAGUGAGAGUCGAUGCAAAUGGCUUUAUGAAGUGUGUUGCCAUGUCAUCGGAAUCAGAGUGACGGACUGACCUAUAACCCCACUUUGUGUGCGGUUUGUAAUCACAGACCAGGGAAACGUAGAACGUAGAGAACCUUUUUUUUAUGUUUAAUCACCUCCAUGAUCAUAAGUGUGAACUGGAGGUGUAGGACUUGAUUGCUGUCACUGUCCAGAUGUCGUUUACUGAAGCUUUUGAUUUGUUGUUUGUGGGAUUGCAUAGUGUUUGUAACUCUGUUAUUUGGCCCCCGACACUGCGGGGUGCUGUCAAUACUGUAUGUCUUUAACAAUGCAUUGCUGGCUGCCUUUAGUUUUUUUUAAGUCAAAUCCCUUCCGGUUACUAAUAUAUGUUCACAUCUACACUAUUCAUCAACAUUUACACACAAAUUAGCUUGGCUUUUACCUCUGGAAAACAUUCUCAUUUGUUUUUUUUUCUUGUUUGUUGGGUGGCGUGCAGUCUGACAUUGUGCACUGACAGUGACGAUGCUCUGAUGGUACACAGCAGUCAAAUAAUUGCCCUUCUUUGAUUUGUGUGUACUUUAAACGAACCAUCCCAACCUGAAUAUGUGGGUCCUAUAAUCAAAAAUGGAAAAUAAAAUGCAGACAUGCUCCCCCAAUAUUCCAAGUCACACAGCUACUCCAUUUCACACAAACCGCCUUGUAUACAUUUCUUAAGAUGUUUGUGUGGGUGGGUGGGGGGGGGGGGGGGGUUCUGUUGUGUUCCCACUGUGAGGCUGGACCUCUUUUAUUUAUUUGAUCUUUUAUGAAUUGUUUUCUGUAAUUGUUGCUGAGUUUUGUUUUUUGUUUUUUUCAAAUAUUUUGCAGUUAAUGCAACAACGUGAGAGCUGAAGUAUGACAGGCUGUGUUAGAUGCACUGAAUCUUGUAGUCGUGUAUUUGUGUGGGGGUUGUAAGGUUCAGAUCUAUGUUCAAACCUGGGAACCGUUUCAUUUCAUGCAGAAUAUCUGCUGAAAUGGACCAGGACCCGUUUCAGAUGACUGUAUGUUAAUCUGCACAGCAGACACGUCUGAGGACACCAUUUUGUGUGACAACCGCUGGAAGAGCACGUGAGCAAAGUCAAUGAAAGCUGUCCCGGGUCUUUCAUUGAGCACCUCCUUUCAGACAAAGUGAUCAUCAGUAGUGCCCACCUUUAGAGAGAUCCUUUCCAGGCGGUCUUCUGUGUCAGGACUGGAACUCAUUCUAAGAACAUGUGGCCGCUACCAACAUGCUAAUCAUCCCUCCAACUUCAUUCCAACUGAUAUACAUCCACAAGAACACAUUUGUUGUUUCACAUUUGGGGGAAAAAAACACUGAAUUUAAACGUACUUGCUUGUCAUUGGACAGUGACAACGUGACAUAUUUGGUCAAUUGGAGACAUCUUUCCCCUUGCUCAAGCAUCAGUAGACUGAAACAAUUUUGACCUCCUCCCCAAAAGCUAAGGAGGUGCCCAAUGACAUUCCUGGACAGCCGUAACAUUUGUGUAAAGCAGGGGUGUCCAAACUGCGACCCGUAGCUAUUCGCUACUGUGUUUUAGUUAGUUGCCGCACAUCCCUAAGAUAUCAUUUACCUCAAAAAAUUGAAAAAAAGAAAAAUUACGUUGAAAUGUUAAGUGAAGAAAAUUGUAAUCUAACUAAACUAAUUGGUUUAAGGCCAACAUGGGAAUAAAGUCAUUAUUUUACAAAAACAAAAAUUAUGAAUAUUAUUUCAGAAGAAAUAUACAAUUUAUAGCGUAAAUGGAAAAUAAGAGAAGUUCAUACUAAUAAUGUGCUUUUUCAACUUUAUGAUGAAGCUGUUAUGCAGUUUGCUUCUUGUAAUCUAUAUCAUUUUUAGCAUAUCUACAUCUGUUGUUCCAUGAAUUUUCUAUGCCGCUUGUCCCCACUAGGGUCACAAGGUGGCCCUUGCAUCUUUUCAAUUUCCAGGAAGUGGCCCUCGCUGUAAAAGUUUGGACACCCCUGGUAAAAACCAUCAAAAGUUUCUUCAUGCGUGUUUGAGUGAAAUGGUUUGGCCCUCCAGAAGUGCAAACUCAUUCCAGACUGAUAUGAAGUUGUGGAGUUUUCUUUCCUGCACUGACAAUGCUUUCAUGCAGCCUGGUAGUGAGAAACCGAGCAGGUUCAUUGUUUGAUGAUACACUGUAUAUGUUUUAUUUUAUAAUUGCUUGAAAUUAAAAGCUCAAUGGACGUACGGAAUAGAAAGAGCCAAACGGUUAAGGAUAGCAGCAUUUACUUAAAAAGAUUUGACACUGAAGAAACAGGAUUCGUCACCACUGGACUCUAACAAUGUAAAAAAAAAAAAAAAAAAAAAAGCAGUACUAUCUGCCUGCUGCAUAUUCAACAUUUAAUUUUGCCAUGACGACUACACUUGCUUAACUCUGAAUCAGUCCGCACCCUCAUGCUUUUAUCUAAAAAAGGAAAUUGAUUGUUUUCAGUUGGUGAUAGGAGCAUGCUGGCCAGUCAAAUACCCCUUCUAUACACUAUAUGACCAAAAGUAUUUGCUCCCCCGUCCAAAGGAUCAGAAUCAGGUAUCCUAAUGACCUGGCCUGGCCACAGGUGUAUAAAACCAAGCACCUCGGCAUGCAGACUGUUUCUACAAACAUUUGUGAAAGAAUGGGCCGCUCUGAGAAGCUCAGUUAAUUCCAGCAUGGAACUGUCAUCAGAUGCCACCUGUGCAACAAAUCCAGUUGUGAAAUUUCCUGGCUCCUAAACAUUCCACAGUCAACUGUCAGCUUUAAUAUAAGAAAUGGGAGAGUUUGGGAAGAACAGCAACUCAGCCACCAAGUGGUAGGCCAUGUAAACUGAUGGAGAUGGGUCAGCGGAUGCUGAGGCGCAUAGUGCAACGAGGUCGUCGACUUCCUGCACAGUCAAUUGCUACAGAGCUCCAAACAUCAUGUGGCCUUCAGAUUAGCCCAAGUACAGUACACGGAGAGCUUCAUGGAAUGGGUUUCCAUGGCCGAGCAGCUGCAUCCAAGCCAUACAUCAACAAGGCGAUGCAAAGCGCCGGAUGCAGUGGUGUAAAACACGCCGCCACUGGACUAUAGAACAGUGGAGAUGCCUUCUCUGGAGUGAUGAACCAUGCUUUUCCAUUUCAGUCUGGGUUUGGAGGUUGCCAGGAGAAGGAGAAGAAGUAAUUAUGUUGAGGGUUGUCUUUCAGGAGUUGAAUGCUCCAGGAUACCAAAACAUUUUGGACAAUUCCAUGCACCCAACCUUGUGGUAACAGUUUGGAGCCGCCCCUUCCUCUUCCAACAUGACUAUGCACCAAGGCACAAAGCAAGGUCCAUAAAGACCUGGAUGACAGAGUCUGGUGUGGAUGAACUUCACUGGCCUGCACAGAGUCCUGACCUGAACCCCAUGAAACACCUUUGGGAUGAAUUGGAGUGGAAACUUAGAGCCAGGCCUUCUCCACCAACAUCAAUGUGUGACCUCACCAAUGUGCUUUUGGAAGAAUGGUCAAAGAUUCCGAUAAACACACUCCUCAACCUUGUGGACAGCCUUCCAUGAAGAGUUGAAGCCGUAAUAGCUGCAAAAGGUGGACCGGCAUCAUAUUGAACCCUAUGGGUUAGGAUGGGAUGGCACUUAAGUUCAUAUGUGGGUCACGGCAAGUGAGCAAAUACUUUUGGGUAUAUGUGUGUGUGUGUGUGUGUGUGUGUGUGUGUGUGUGUGUGUGUGUAUAUAUGUGUGUGUGUAUAUAUAUAUAUAUAUAUAUAUACAUAUACACACACACACACACAGUGGUGAAAAAAGUUUGGGAACCCCUGAUCAUUUUCGAGAUUUCGAGACGGGCACCCUUAUAGUUUUAUUGAUUUAAAUACCUUUAGCGCUAAUUAUUGAACACAAAAUGUGUUUGGUAAGCUCAUUGACCCUUGACCUGCAUACACAAGUGAAGCCAAUCAUAGAAAGGGUAUUUAAGGUGGUCAAUGGCAAGUUGCAUCUUCUCUGAAGAGUUGCACCAUGGUAGCCUCAAAACAACUGUCACAUGACCUGAGAGCAAAGAUUGUUCAACAUCAUGGUCUAGGGGGAGGAUACAAAAGCUAGAUCAAAGAUUUCAGCUGUCAGGUUCCACUCUGAGGAACAUAGUGAGGAAAUGGAAGACCACAGGCACAGUUCUAGUUAAGGCCCAGAGUGACAGCCCAAGAAAAGUCUCACAUAAGCAGAGGCCAAGGAUGGUAAGAAGAGCCAAAGUCUACCCACAGACCAGCUCCAAAGACCUCCAACAUGAUCUUGGUGCAGAUGGUGUCACUGUGCAUCAAUUCUACUAAGGCAUUCAUGCAGAGGAACAAGUAAGACAUUGUGGAACGUCCCAUCUCAGUCCCCAGACCUAAAUCUAUUUAUUGGACGCUAUAGGAAGCAUUUAUUACUGCAAAAGGAGGCUCUACUAAAUAUUGAUAAGACUGAGGGUGCCCAAAUUUAUGCACCUGCCUACUUUUGUUUGAAUAAUGAUUGCAGACUUUCUGUAAAUCCUAUAAAGUUAAUUUGACUUCUCAUCUAUCCCUGUGUUGGUCUGCUAUAUGAUCUAUAUGAUAUAUUCACCUGGAAUGGAUGAGCCCAACAACAUCUGGAACAUUACCAGGGGUACCCAGUCCUUUUCAUCGUAUGUAUGUAGGUAUACGUGUAUAUAUGUAUGUGUGUGUAUGUAUGUGUAU